AGGGCGUAUGUUUACAUUCGUGUGUCAAGACGGGCGACGGAGGAAUCAGCUGACUGGCACUGUGGGCUCUGCUGACACUCCUUCAGGCCAUGAGUAGUGCCACCUUUGACGGAAGGCCGUAGACUGACUCUGAAGGAUCGGACGGAAGAGCGAUCUUUCAGGCCUCGAGAGGAGGAAGAGCAAAGAUGAAGCGCAGACCUAUCGUGACCUAUGCAGGAGACAAUGCACUUUUCACUGGCCUUCAGGCUGGCCUGGUUACUGCACUGCCUCAGGAGAGUGUGGAGUGGCGACGCUCCUAUGGGCGUCCUUCCCGGUGUGUCCAUGUGGAAGUGGACUUUGUUCCCUUUGCUGAGGAAUGCCUUGUGAAGGAUGUCACACGGACAAUCCUUGGCCAACCCAUCUUCCACACCUACUGGACAGAUUGUGCUGAUGUCGAGGCCUACAAGAGCAGCACGAGGGACAGCCUGCAGGCAUGGGUAACAUCACUGAGGCAGCAAGGGAUCACAGACUGGAUGGUAGUGUUGCUGGAAACGCCAGACACACGCAAAGGAAAUAAGUUGAUCCCACGAACCACAGUCUUGGACAAAAUUAAAAAUGACUUUGGUGGAAAACAGGCUGAAAGAUGUGUGUCUUUGAUUGACCCUUUGAAGACGGAUUCAAGAUCUGUGGAAUCGUGGCAGACUCUGCUCACAAAGAUGAGGCAUUUGCUGAUGGUGGCAUACAAUAGGGCUCUCAACAAAUUUGAAGAGAACAUGAGAGCAGAACGUGAACGACGCACAGAAAAAUCUUGGUCGUUCUGCUCAUAUUUUCUUUUGCAAGAAGAAUUAGCACAAGUUUUCCAAUUGCUUGCAUUACAUGAUGAAGCCUUAGUGCAGUAUGAUGAGUUAGAUGCUCUCUUUACACAGUUUGUGCUGAAUUCUGCUGCAGGGGAUACUCCACAAUGGUUAAGCAACUUCAGCCAAGCAUGUGAGAAAUGGGAGGGUUUGCACCUCACCCCAGAUCUAGAUGCUGUCAUUCAGGGGAAGAUUCGAUCCAAGGAUGUUACCCUCCUAGAGUUUCGCAACUACCUCUUCCAACGUCAGUGUGCUCUGCUCUUCCUCCAGAACAAGCCUUGGGAGGUAGCCAGCCGAGCUCUGACCUUCCUCCAGAACACUCUGGGAGAACUCAGCAUCCUGGAAGUUACAGUUGCUCCUGGAGGCAUUGCCUGCUGGGGUGUCCUCUCCUGUUUGGAAGUCAUAGAUUCUCUACAAACCUUCAAGGAGCCGUCUACGACAGAUGCACAUGCUCACCACACAGCCCCACUAUGGGCCUAUGCCAGAGAUAAGUUACAAGAGUUAGGGAGCCUGUGUGGGUUGAUGCCAGGAUGUGAGACCAGCAGCUCCCAGCUACACACUGUGAUCUCACUGGUGUGUGGGAUGGGCAAUGACCCUCAUGCACAUGAUUAUCACCAGGAUGAUGCACCAGUUCAUGACACACCUAUGACGAGGCUGAAAGAUGCUCUCUCUUCACCACAGGCAUACAAAAAGCAUUACCUUGACUUGUCUGAGGUGGCCAUCAGCACCUACAAGCACAUUGGUCGAAUCAGGUCAGCAAGGCUCAUUGGCAAAGAGUUGGCCACAUUCUACAUGGCACAGGGAGAGGCACAGAAAGCUGCUACUUUCUUAACAGACCAACUUACCAUGUUUUUAGAGGAGAGAUGGUUGCUUUUGGCUGCUCACACACAACUCCACUUGUCACAAUGUUACCUUUCCACCAAUGACCUGGAGAAGUAUGUUAAAACUUGUGCACAAUUAGCUGGUUCCACCCACUUGGGACAGGAAAUGAGGGAGGAACAUUUUGAGAAGAUGAAGACUGCCUUAAAGGAUGUUGAAGAAGGAUCAUCUCUCCUGAUACCCUGUGACAGAAUAUUUGAGGUGGAGGGCCUUCGACUGGUGUCAGAGGACCGCAUCAUACUAGAGUCAGAUGUUCUGGUAGAGCUUUCCAUCAUAAGUAAGCUUCCAAAUACUGUCAUGUGCAACCAAGUAUAUGUUGUGUUACAGCAUGUUAAAGAAGAAAUAGGUACACUCAAGACCAUUCCUGAAUUAGAAAGGAAAUCAAGUUCAUCGAGCUCAGCAUCACAGCCCAGCACGCGCAAAUCACAGUCCUCCUCCAUGGUGCACAGGAGCAGCUCAAACUCAGCUGAAGUGGAGCGAAAGAGUCUGGCAAAUGAGGCAGCAGCAGCAGAGACGGAAAUGGCUAGGCUGAAUCCACUCACACAACCUCUCCAUAUGAGUCUCCAUCUGGAGUACAAGCAGGACAAGUCUCUUUCAUCUGCCUCCAUAACUUGUGUUAAUUCUCAUAAAGUACUCAGAAGAAGAGACAGUCAAGGUGGAAUGUAUAAGGUGGACCGUAAUGUUGCCAAGGAACAACACAAAGACAAGCUUGUGGCAAAAGAGGUAGUUAUUGCCCCUGGGAAAAAUACUAUCACAUUGUCCACUAAAGUGACCAGUAAAGGUUGCUACACAGCCAGUCAAGUGGUUUUAGCAUUAGAAAAGCUUGAAUUUAUUUGUGGCAAGAAUCACAUAGCAGGCCCUCCACUGAGUCUGGAGGUUGUAAGUGAGAAUCCUCGUAUCUUCCUGGGUCGCAGGGACCGUGACCUUCUGGCAGGACUGCAUCAGCCAAUGGUCCUCACAGUGCACAGUGGAAGCUGGCACAUCAAGCAGGGUACGGCUGUCAAAUUACGCACAUCACGAGGCCUUCUGGUGAAGCAGGAUAAUGAAGGGCACAAGGAGGGCCAGCUUGAGAGAGAGAUAGAAAUCUUGCUGCCGGAGGUCACUCCCUUCUCCUCAGUGGCUGUCCCUCUUGUCGUCCUGGCUGUGCUUGGGCCCCAGAGAGAUGCUGCAACUGUAGAACACACGGUGAAUAUCAGCAGUUCCCUAAUUGAACAGAGGCUUGACAUUGAUGUGCACUUCAUCCCACCCUUCAUGUCUUCGCACAAGUUGCACACGGCCAACACAUCGAAGUUUGUCCAGGUGACAGUGACAGGACUAGUAGGCCGAGGAGUGGAGCUAUCUGACCCAAGCCUAAUGCUGGUAGAGCCUGUAAACCAUGUUGAGCUGAAGCCCCUGCACCCUGCUUCUCAGUCCUUGGUUGUGUGCACAGAGCAGUCUGCAAGCUACAUGUGGAGUGUGGAAGUUGACUAUGAGCAGGAAGGGACUCCCUCUCUCAAGCUGGAGUUCAAGACAAAUUACCGGCCUCUGGAUGACCAGGGGCAGCCACUGCAGGAGGAAGUCCGGUGCUAUUCAUGCCCCUUUGACCUGGUUGAUUACAAGACUUUGUAUACCAUUCGUGCACGGGUGGAACCUAGCAAGGGAUCAGAAUUGUGUCGUGCAGGCAACAUGUGCCACCUGCAUAUUGCGCUGCAGCAGGUGGCCUCCCCAGCCUGUGCCUCACCAGAAGAUGCAGGGGACUUGGCCACACAACAUCCAACAGCACAUUCCAUCAUGUAUGAGGUUCUUGCUGACCAGACCAUGUGGGCUGUGUGUGGCAGAACUGCAGGUGUGCUGACAUUGGAAGGUGGCCUGAGGCAAAGUGUCACCUUGGACGUCAUGCCCUUAACUGGUGGUUUCCUGCCGUUGCCGUCAGUGCGACUCUCUAAGUAUAUUCCAGCUGAUACUAAACAUGCUCCCAGAGAUGGCGUCAGGAAAUUAGAAUAUGUUGGAAGUGCCUCAUCCGUGCCUCGCCUCGAACCCUUCAGUCCGGGACAAGUGUAUAACUUCAGCAAGGCCCAGCAGGUGCAUGUCUUACCCGCUUCCAAUGCUGCCCAGUCGGACCUUUCCCUCACCUAAGCUCCUGAUCAGAUCGAGUUCUUCAGAUGCACUUCUUGCUUUUAUUAUUCACAUCCAAAAGAAUGAUGGUCCUUGACCAGGACUAUUGGUGCACUUUGAUUAGUUUGAUCACAGCUGGAUUUUAGUUAUGUUCUUAUACUAUAUGGAAGAAAGGAAUGUAGUCUUUUUUGAUAUUUUUAAAAAAUUAUCAUAAUGAUUAUACUAUUAAGUCACAUCUCAUUCUUUGCAUUUCCAUGAAUUGUAGCUUCAACUAUUUUAAAUGAAUUAGAAAUAUUUAUCACAGAAACAAAACUUCAUAUAAAAGAUGUAAAGCCUUUAAAAUAUUUUUGAAAAUUCUUUCUGUAUAUGAGAUCAUACAGAAACAAGAGAGGCAGUGUGUCUUUCUUUAGAUGCAUAUGCCUGUGCAAAGUGAGAACUAACUAGAGGCACUGAAUUGUUGUUAGGCAUAUUGUGAUGAUGAUGCCUAGUGAAAUAAAUUGUUAGAAUAAUGCAUUGUAGAUUGACAUGAUUCCAUGAUCUGAUGUAAAUAUUCUUGUUGUAUAAUGAUAUUUGGAUGGUGCUGUUGAGCUUCAUUGUGGUGACAAUAGAGAAAAUAUUCUGGAUACUUCAUUUUGACCAUGGGAUUAAUUUUUUUCUGUAUAUUUAGACUGGUGAUGAUCAGUAUAUGGGGGAAAGAGAGGGAAUAAGCAGAUGAAGGGAGAGGGGAAGGAAGAAGAUUGAGGAAGGAGAGGCAGGAGUGUUUCAAAACUGAAGUUGUGCACAAAUGCCUCAGGCAACAUACUUCUUUUGAUAUUUUAUUGUUAUUUAUAUGUAUUAUAUUGAGUUUACUAUUGUAUAAUGGAUGACAAAAGGAAAGUAUAAUUUAAUUGUUACCCACUUUGUUUUAAACAUUAUCUAAAGAUACAGAUGAGAUAAUAAAUUAUUUACAUGUUA